CCGGUGCGACGCGCAGUCGGUACGGACGUGCUCGGUGCUGCUAUGGCUUCCAGCGGGGUGACGGUGAGCGCCGCCGGCUCGGCCAGUGAGGCCUCCGAGGUUCCAGACAACGUGGGAGACUGGCUCCGCGGCGUCUACCGCUUUGCCACCGAUCGGAACGACUUCCGGAGGAACUUGAUCCUCAAUUUGGGACUGUUUGCUGCGGGAGUUUGGCUGGCCAGGAACUUGAGUGACAUUGAUUUGAUGGCACCUCAGCCAGGGGUGUAGCUAGAGAAUGGAACUCUUGUAUAUUCAGACUUUCCAAAGACAGCCUACCGUAUGUAUGUGACCACCACAAGAUACUACCCAAGUGGCAGCUGAAGUUGACUCACUCUCCUUGCCUAAACCUACCCCUCCCGCCCCCGGGCCAGUCCCCUCAUCAGCUGAAAUGUUGCCUCUGCAGUUCUGUGUGCAGUUCUUAACUUUCUGCAGAGGGUGAUCUUUGCCCUUGUCCUCAAGAGUAGUAAUGAUUCUUGAAAAACGAUUUCAAAUAAAGCCUGCACAUAAAGA